CUCAGACCAUAUUGAUCAGUGUUCAUGUUUCACCUUUGGGGACCACACAGGGGAAGGGGGACAAAGCGACCGCGCAUUCUACAGCGAUGAUCCACAGCUCGUAUAAUUGGGUUCAUAUCACAUUUAUCCGUAUUCAUGUUUUACCUUUGAGAUCUAUAAAGAGGAAGAGGGAUGAAGAGCACCGUCCCUUCUAAGCAUCAGAAGCUCCAGUAGCAAUCACUAGAUUAUACACGUUUAACAACAAAAUUGUCCAGCCAUGGUCCCGGGAGGAUAAGGAGAUUAAGACAAGGUUCUCAGAAGCACAGGACUGAAUCUUGUUUUACGCGUGGAAUGCUUUCUUUACACCUGAAGAUAAAUUCUCGAGCUUAAGAGGAUAGAUCACCAGUUGAGGACAGAGUCACUUAUACCGACUUCGAGGAUAAAUCGGAGCAAAAGAAGCUCGAAUGCUCGAAUGCUCGAAAGAAAAUUCUGAUUUCAUCUCAGAAUGUUCUGGAUCGGUAAUACCCAGAAGUCUCGAGAAGAAACAGACUUGCUGCUGGCUUCAACCAAACUUCCAGCUUAGUGAAAAAAAUUGCUCGAGAAGAAACAGCCUUGCUGCUUGGCUUCAACCAAACUUCCAGCCUAGUGAAAAAAAUUGCUUCGAGCUACGUCACCUUCCACUCUGUAAACUGAGAUCUUCCACUCUGUAAACCAGAAGUAAGACGAACUGUAUGAACUGGAGAGGCGGAGAAGGACCCGAGAGUGACAAGAAGUCAAGACAGCCAGCCCCGGAACACGAAGCAGCCUUCGAGCUUUAAUAUCUGGCGGAAACAGAGCCUGGGAAGACGAGAAUCGCCAAUGUCGACAUAACAAUGAUUCCAGCUAGCAAGCAGUUCACGACUGGCGCGACGUAUGAUGGUGCAAAGCGCACAUUUUAAACAAGGGUUGCGAAGAGCAGGAGCUACUCGCCGAUUGCAGCUCAGAUUCAAGAGGUGGAGAAGUGUCCGACUUUGCUGCUGCAACAGGGAAAGCGAGACGGCUUCGACGCUCUGGCCGAGCAGUAGUCCGGACCAGCGUUACAGGAACAGUCGGAGGCGCAGCUAAGGUCGUUGGACGAGCAGCAUCAAUGCCAGGGCAGGCAGGCAGGGCGGGCGUGGCAGGCAGGCUCGCCGGCUGCUCAGCGAGCAGAGCCGAGCCGAGACCCGAGCUGUAUACAAGAGCAUGAGAGACCCGAGCGCAGCGGCCGUGCUGGUGGUCAUGCAUAUGGUUAGCCGGAGCUGAAGAUCGUGGGAUCCGGGAACAUGAGAUUUUAUUAGUCAAGAAUGUCCGCACUGCGAGAUUUGCCCUCGUAAAAACUCUGCCGAGGAGGAGCGCACUCGACACCCCAUGAUUGUCGUCUUCCUUUACUACAAGCUUUCACAAACAAGCAACCGAAGACGUGUUCCUGAUCUCUACAAGUGACGAGCACUGUUUCGUGCGGCCCGGCCCCUUCACUCGCAACUGUGGAAUCGUGUCCCCACGGUCCGGUCUGCCGACUAGUGACAUGUGCGACUACAGACCCGUGAGAAGAUUCCUGUGCUACGAGGUAAAAUUAUCCGUCGACCACUUGCGCCCAGGCACCUGUUUCGGGGUUCAGCCGCAUGUGCAAGCAAGCGAGCAAUCGUGGUUCUGUGAUCGCAUUCGUAACCUGAGAAUCGCUCCAUCCGUCCGUGCUCUGGAGUGAGCGAGGGAAGGAGGGAAGGUGGGAAGGAGGGAGGCGAGAGCAUCCAUCCGCCUGCUCUUGAUCCUAUCGAGGAGGCGUAGUUUGUCAACCGCCGCAGGCCCAUCCAUGGCUUACCACAUAAUCUAUUUCGUCGAUGCAUGAUCAGCGAGCGACGAUGCGGGGCUCCCAAGGCAAAAGGCAGACGCACGGAAUAAAAGCGCGACGCAACCACAUUGACGAAGGUACGACGCAAAAGGACCGCAGCCGAUGGUUGACAAACGAGGCAGGCGCAAGCGAGAGGAGGAAUCCGUGGCAGGUGUAAUGUGCCCUUCGACCCUCGAGGGCAUCAUGGCAGGCACAAGAUGCCGGGCUACAAGCCCCUGUGCCCCCCUCCCUCCCUCCCUGCGCAACCCAGGCAUGGACAUCUAACCCCGUACCCCAGCCCUGAGGGCGCCGGGGCGCAUCUGCGGGGACCCAAGCGGGCCAAUUAACAAUGCGCCUUAUACGAUGCGGCCCAUUCCCUUGCUUAUACUCGCGGCCAUAGGCCAGAUGAGGUCAAACACCCACAAUUAGGUGGACCGGACUUGCGAAGGAGUGUGGAAUCUUCCUCCCUCCAACCCAGACUCUCGCGGCGAAUGAGCAUGCCCAAGGCCCGGAUUAAUUAUUCAUUCAUAUAAAUAUGUAUGAACGUAUUUACUCGUUUCUAAUUUCGCUGUACAUGGCGAGGGAAAUGGGCGGACCGCGGGAGGAAUAAAAAAGUCAAAAACAGGAGCUGCGAAAAGCAUAGAAAACUGAACCCUUUUCCUUUGGACACACUGGCAAAAGUCAAUUUCCUGGUCACCAAGUCGUGCGGAAACACUUUCAACAGAUCAGAUUCAGGAAGAGCAGCAGCGGCAGCAGUAGCACCAGGCUUAAGUAUGAAGCGAAGGGGAGGGCGAGGAAGGGAAGGGGAGGGGGAGGGGAGGGGAGGGGAGGGGAUGGGAUGGGAGUGCAGUGCAGAGCAGUGCAAGUGGAGGGCCAUGAAUGUGCACAGGAGCUCUAGGACAUUAGGUUGAGGCGAGCGUGGAUGGAUCGAUCCAUCUGCGCUGCGCCUCCCUCCUUCUUAGAUCUCUCUGCUCGUGUUUCCACAUGCAGAUUUGCACUCGUCCUGCGAUCGCAGUCAAGGAUUUCUUGUCGCCACACGCGAGUAGUCCGUGUUAAAGAGGCCAUCAAUGUCCUGGGUUCGGUCCACCUUCCGUUCUGCGUCUGGUCUUGCCGCGGGCUAGAUUGAAUUGAUUGAAUGCCCGAUUCAAUCAAUUCAAUCUCCGACGGUCGCGAAUUCCCUCUUCUCCCUUCUCCAGAUUCCCAUUAUUCCCACAGAUCCCACCUCCGGCCCGCACAGGAUGCAGAAUCCUCAGAGCUGAUUCGCGACUCCUGAAUGGUCCGAAUUCCGUUCACGGGUGCAGCACCUGAUUUCUCUCGAGCCCGCCCCCAUUAAAGAUUAAACAUGGAGGCGGCUUCGUCCUCGAUAACGAUGUUCGAGGACAAUUUCGAGAAUCAGAUGAUUCUCGAAUUGGAGAUGAAGGAAAUUCAAGAUUGUCGUCUGGAUCCCGAAGAUAGAGAGGGCCAGGACCGGCACCGCGAGGACGAGGACGACGACGACGACCUGGAGAGCCACAGAACGUCCAUCGUUCUGGAGGAUGAUUUCGAGAGGGGGCGAGGAGAGAAUCCGGAACUGAGAUUGAGCGUGGACCCCGAGGGCCGAACGCAGGACUCGGACACGCUCAUACGAGCUUCGUGGUCAGCUCAUGACCCCGAGGACAUGCCACAGGAAAUCCUCGCUCUGUCCGCCAACUUGUUCCAGGAGGGGUGCAGCGCGAAUUCGGAAAAGGAGUACAAGGCGUGCAUGCUGGUGGAUCCCGAGGAAAUCCAGCAGCUGCUGGCCGCAUCCGUCAACGUCGUGCAAGAUUUACUGGAAAGCUGGAACCCGGAAUUGGAAAAGGACGUGGAGGAUCGGCUGAUGGAGGAGCUGGACCUGGUGACCGAGCUGGAUCUGGAGAUCUCCAACAUGAGCAACGAUCGAGUCGGCGCCCUGGGCAGAGCGCUCCAGCAGCGCGCUCUGCCCAAGCUCGAGACCGUGAAGCUCUUCUCGAUUCGGAGCGGGCUCGGGGACCCGAACCAGGGCAGGGCGAUCAUGGAGAUUUUCAGGGCAAUCGAGAUGGGAAACCUGUCGAACUUGCGCGUCCUGGAGCUGUUCAACACCAGUGUGGGUGCUGCGGCUGCCAAGGCUCUCGCUGCAGCGAUCUCUGCAGGACAUUCUGCCGGCCUCCAGACUCUCAAAGUCCUGGACAACAUCGGCGACCUGGGGCUGAUCGAGCUGUCCGCCGCCCUGGAGGCCGGGCAUGCUCCGGCGCUCAAAACCCUGGGCCUCGGAUUUUUUGCGCACGUCUCUCGAGCUCGCAGCAAGGGCUUGCAUAUCUUCCAGGGCGCCGAAGCUCUGGGCCGCGCGUUCCAGUCGGGGAAAAUUCCUCUGCUCGAGCACCUGGAGCUCUGGGGGAUCGUCGAGCAGGCCGCGGUGAUCGCCAUCUUCCGAGCUCUGGAGUCGGCGCUAAUCUCCAAGGGGUUCAAGUCGCUGAAGCUGUACGAGUGCGAGGUCGGGCUCGGCGGCGCCCGGGCCAUCGCCAGGGCGCUGGUCUCGGCCAAGUUCGCCACGCUGACCAAGCUGGACCUGUCGUCGUGCAAAUCCCUGAGGGACGGCGGGCUGCCGGAAUUGUUCCGAGCGUUCAAGUCGAAGAAUCUGAACUCGCUGCAGGAGCUGGCCCUGGACCAUGUUUGUAUGGGCGAGCCGGGGCUGCUGGAGAUGGCCGCGCUGCUGGAGGCCGGCCAUCUUCCAACCCUGCUGCGCCUGUCCAUGGAGGGUCAGGACUCGGGCCACAUUUCCGACGCGUGCGCCGAGGCGCUGGUCCGAGCCUACAGAAACAACCAUUUUCUGUACGCCACCAUCAAGGUGCGCUGGGCCAACGAGUCCAUGCGCAACAAUGCCGAGGGCUUCCGGUGGCGCAAUGUCCGCUUGAGGAAGCGCAGCCUGAAGCUGCUGCGGAGCGAGCCCGAUGUGGCCGCCACUCACGCCAAAGUGUUUCUGUGCGGGCCGCCCAAAGUCGGCAAGACCACGCUGAGAAAAUCGCUGUGCCGCACGCACUGGGAGUCGCUCACGAGCACGGAGCGCAACCGAGCCGAGGAGCGCACGCGAGGAAUCGAGGUCAGCGAGAUCGUGCACAAGAAUUUGGUACUGGGCGUCUGGGACCUGGCGGGGCAGCCCGAGUACCACCUGCUGCACAGCGCGUUCCUGCCGGAUUUGGGCCUGGGCGAGGGGCAGGCGACCAUCUUCGUCAUCGUGUGCAGUGCCAAUUACUCGGGGCGCAAGGACGUGGCCAAGGCCCAGAAGGAGAUCGAGUACUGGAUGCGGUUCAUUUCGUCGUCGAGCUCCGACGCCGGCGGAGCCCCGGACAGCAAGCGCCAUGUCUUCGUGGUGCUGAACUCGUUCGAGGGCGACCAUUCGUGCCACCCGCUGGACGACUGGACGCACAUUCUGCAAGUGUGCGGCAAGAAAUUCGACCAGAGCGUGGUCCUGCACUCGGAGCCUUUCAUCCUCAACGCCAUGUACCGCAAGGAGGUGCGCCACUUCAAGAAGCGCCUGGUGAAGAUGGCCGACGACCUUCUGCGGACGCGGAGAAUGCCCAAGAUGUGCCUGGAGCUGCAGAAGUGGAUCGCCCAGUGGCUCAAGGGCCAUCGCCAGUACCCGGUGCUCGAGUGGAAGGAGUACUUCUCGACGCUGGCCGGCGGCGUGUUCCCGCAGCACAAGCUCCGACUGGCUACGGAGUAUCUGCACGAGGCGGGGCAGCUGAUUUUCUUCCGCGAGGGAGCUCUGCAGGAGGGCGGCCUGGCGCACGAGAGCUACGUGAUCCUCGACACGGACUGGUUCUGCCGGAGCAUCGUAGGCAAUGUGCUGCUGCCGGACGCCAUGCUGCGGCCGGGCGAGACCUCGCUGCGGCUGCAGAUGCGGGCCGACGGGUCCGUGUCGCUGGCCGCUCUGCAAGCGUACCUGCCUCGGCAGCUGAGCGACGAGCUGCAGGUGCGCGAGGUGGUGGCCAUGCUUUUGCGUCUGGGCCUGGCGUACAAAAUCGGGGCCGACGACAUCUUCAUCCCCGCUCUGAUGGAGACCGAUGCGAUCCCCUCGUACUGGCAGCUCCGGAUUGCGGACCAGUGGGUGAUGGGCUUUGCGCUGGCCGUGGCCGACAGCGAGACGAGUCUGCUGCCCAUCACGAUUUUCCGUCAGCUGCAGGUGGAGCUGGCCAGGAAUGUGGACUUCGGAGGGCGCAGUGACAGUCAGUUCGCGGCCGGCAGGAAUUUGAUCACGUUCAAGCACAAGGGGAUGGCGGUGAUGGUGGAGUACGACGCGGAUCCCACGAAUCGGCUGGACGUUUUGGUAAGGCCCUUGCUCAGAGUAGCCAACAGGCGGGGGCAAGUGAAUCUGGCUCAUGCCCUGGUGAAGAUGAUGGUUCAGAUCAGCGCUCGGUGCUGCCCCGGGGUGCGGCUGGACAGGAAGGUGGUGGAGCCCUGGCCUGCCGACGAAGGCCUGCAGGCCAUGGAGCAGAGAAAUGUGAGGACCUCCGUCGCGGAGGUGAAGCGUUGGGUCAAGAGGGACGGCAUCGGCCAGCCGACCAGCAUGGUGCUCGGAAAUGAAGUAAUUUUCGGUGACAUGUUGCUGUCCGACAAUGAUUUGCUCGAGAUCCGACGCUCGAUCGAGCUGGAGAAGGAUCUCAUGUAGACGCUUGGGAGCUCGAAAGCGACCUCAUUCUUCAAUUCGUAUCGGCCCAUCGUCCGGUGGAUCCUUGCAGCCAAGGAUCACAUGCGGCAGGGAGUGCGUGUGCAGCUCCGGCGAGCCAGACAAGCUAGGCUCGAGUGUUCUGCCGUUCUGGCGUUCACUCGAGGCUUUUGAGCGAGAAUCAGCCGAAUCGCUGGCAUCUGUUUCACGAGGAACGAUUCUCGAGCUGCGAGACCAUGUUCAUGUAGAGAUCUGCCACGGGUCUGCAGAAGUCGCCGCCGCUGGAACACGCACGCGUAUGCGACCUUUAACACCAAGAAGAAGAAGCAGAGCUGGAGCUCGACGAUGAAUGAAUGCGCCGUGGAGCGUUCAUUCUUUGCGGCUUUCACGUUCGCAUCUCGGGAGUCUCGGAGUGGAGAGCAUUCCGAGGCAGCUCGACCGCGUCAUGCCGUUCGUCCCAUUCGCCGUCCGACCGGGUCCCACGAAUGGCACCAAUAACAGCACUCGAGCCAGAAUGUCCCUCCGACCUCGGCAGCACUCUCAGCUCGAGGCACGAUUCAACUCCCAGACACGAGAACUUCAUGAUGAUGACGAUGCUCGUCCCGAUGUUCUACCCCUAGGCUCGGAAGUAGCGACGCUACGACUAAAGCCGUGGUUUUAGAUCCCACCGAGCUCUUGCCAUAAGAGCCUCACCGCACCUGUAGUAGGACUGCAGCAUCCUCGUCGGGAACAUUCGUCCAUAGAUGCUUAAUUAGUUACUAGAUCGAGGAGGGGUCGCGCAAUUUUGCCAUUGACGGACUAGAUAAGGGCCAUUCCGCGAAUCGUCCGCUCACACACUGGCCUCUCGAUGGCAUCGGAAAAUCAGAGACGGAGAAGUCAACUAAUUUGAGAUAGAGCUUUCAGCGCACAUGUACAGCAUGGAAACCGAUUGGGUAGAAAGCCAAUGCGAAGAGAUUCAUCGACAGUGGUGUUCAGCUUGUUUAAAAUGAUCCUGGACCGAAGUUGUAGCUGCAGCGUUAAAUAGGUGCUUCAGAUUCAUUCAUUCGCCUGUUCACACAGGCUGAUUGUGUUAUAAAUUUAGCAGACUGGCUCAAAGCUCCAG